AUUGUCACUGACAGUCGGAUUAUUCCCUCACAGCAGCAGCCUGCUCCCUCUCAUCCUCCUGCUCUCCGCCCGACAAUGCGGGCACCAACUCAGGAUCUAUAGGCUCUCCGUCGCGCGUCCUCUCCUGCACGGUAAGAGAAUCUGCUUCCCGACCGCAAAGGUUUCUGUGCUGCCCGCCAGGCUGCCGCUGCCGCUGCCGGACUGUCCCAGUGAUGUCGCCACGUCCACAGAUCUGAGCGAUUUUCAGGUUGAGUUGAAAGAAACGGGAACAAGGAUAAGUCCCAGUCCUGACACCAGCUCCUAGUACCAUCCCUCCGUCCACCCCCUGACCCCACCUCCCCUCACCCCUACCACAGCUCCAGGGCUCUCCAAGGGUUCCUCCCCGGGUUCUCCAAAGGGUUCUCUGCGGUGUUCUGGAAAGCGCCAUACGCCUCGGGGCCUUGGACCUUCAUGCGUCUCCCAGCGGCAGAGUCCACCCACACCUCCACCCACCACACCACCACCACCACCACCAUGAACUGUGAGCAGGAGUUUGGAGACGGGGCCAUGGGAGUGACACUCACACUGCGCCUCCUCAUGCACGGAAAGGAAGUAGGAAGCAUUAUCGGAAAGAAAGGGGAAACGGUGAAGAGAAUACGAGAAGAGAGCAAUGCGAGGAUCAACAUCUCAGAGGGCUCCUGUCCAGAGAGGAUCAUCACCAUCACGGGGCAGACGGACUGUGUGUUCAGAGCCUUCACCAUGAUCACGUUCAAACUGGAGGAGGACCUGUCAGCCUUGGUAGCCAAUGGCACAGUGACCAGCAAGCCUCCAGUCACCUUACGAUUGGUCAUCCCGGCCAGCCAGUGUGGCUCCCUCAUCGGCAAGGGCGGGUCUAAGAUCAAGGAGAUCAGAGAGACGACAGGUGCCCAGGUGCAGGUGGCAGGUGACCUCCUCCCCAACUCCACAGAGAGAGAGGUGACGAUAUCAGGGAGCCAGGACGCCAUCAUCCAAUGUGUUAAACUCAUCUGCACUGUAAUCCUAGAGUCUCCGCCAAAGGGAGCGACUAUUCCAUACCGACCCAGCCCGACCCAGGGAACUGUGCUGCUGGCAGGAAACCAGCUCUUCUUCUCAUCUGCUAAUAAACAGGUGUUCGAGGCGUCAGACUUUGGCUCUCACCCCCUGUUCUCAGUGGCACAGGGAGGAGUGGACCUGCAGCAAACAUACGCAGUACAGAGUCACUACGGCAUUCCACAUUCGGAGCUCGCAAAGCUCCACCAGUUGUCAAUGCAGCAACAGGGCCUGGCCCCCAUGAGCCAAUCAGCGACACAAGUUCUACCUGGAGGGGUGGACGCAAAUUCCCAAACCACGUCUCAGGAGCUCCUCAUUCCAAACGACCUGAUUGGCUCAAUCAUCGGUCGCCAGGGCACCAAGAUAAAUGAGAUCCGGCAGGUGUCGGGGGCUCAGAUCAAGAUCGGCAGUCAGAUCGACAGCACCAGCGACCGUCACGUCACCAUCACCGGCACACCGAUAGCCAUCAACCUGGCUCAGUACCUAAUCACUUCAUGUUUAGAGACCGCCAAAUCCACCGCCCAGUCCUCCUCCAUGCCGUCUCCCGUUGACCUGACCAUGAGCUUCACCCAGCCCGCCCCCCCUGCCUCCGCCUCGUCCUCCUCCUCCUCCCCCCUGGCAGCGAUGGGCGCCCCACUGUCCCACGCUCCCAUCCUGGGCGCUCCCUACGCCCUCCCCCUCUCCAGCCUCCUGGGGAUGAAAUCCAUCCCUUACCUGGCACUCUCCACCCCUCCUGCCUCAGCAGCAGCAGCAGCGGCGGCGGCGGCGGCUAUCGGGGCUCCCGGGUUCCCGGGUUCGAUGCAGACGGCAGCCGUUCCGGUUCAGGCUCAUGCAGCGGCGGCCCUGGCGUCCUACACGGCCAAGAUCUCAUCCUCAGCCAACGGGAUGAAGAAGCCGGAGAGACAGAAGUUCGCGCCAUACUAACGAAGGGGGAAUGAAAGGAUGAGUUUGCGUCACUGAGGUAGCUUCUGGGAAUGAGGCUGGUUUUUAGAUGGAAGGGCAGUUCCAUCUUUUACUCUCUUUUCCUUAUUACUCUCUCUUUCUCACUUCUUCCUCUGCCUCUCCGUCUCUCUUAUUCCUUUCUUCUUGAUCACUCAAAAAUGUCAAAGUGGGAUAAUUGGAACAUGUAUGAUUUCAGAUGUGACUCGACGACAUGGACGCCACGCGCAGCAACAGAUAGGGUUUGUCUGAGCGGCCGAGCAGCGCUGGCACAGUGCAAGUGUUUCUCCACUGCACCGCGCAGCAUGAUGAGCUGUGCUUCGUCACAAACCACGCCUGCAGCUCUUCAUCUGACUGCUCACUGUUUGUACUACCCCCCCCUGCAGUAUUUAAAACUGAUCCGCUGACCAAAUAGUGCAGAAUACGUCCUGUUUGUUUUGAGUAAUAGCACUGCUAAAGACGAUCUGUUAACUUGGGGACAAAUACAUUGCAUUUCCUCUUCCUUCCUCACAAGCGAAGCCUCCCGCCGGUUCGCGGAAGCAGCAACAGCAAUGAACACAACUCCGACAUGGCUGAAAGCGACCAGCAAACAGUGAAAUGAGGCUGCUAUUUUGAUAUUUGAAAGUACAAACAGGAACUCGGUAGUGAAACUAAACUCCAAACAACAGAGAUUCAGGUAGAAGUUAUAAAAGUACUGAGAGACUUUUAAAAACACCGGUCACUGGUGCAGCCACACAAGACGGGGGGGGGGGGCAUCGUGGGUUGGCCGUGGUCGGCCCUUCUACCAAGACGGCUAUCCCCUGCUGUGAGGCCGUAGUGGAAACACGUCAUCGCGGCUUGGCACGGUGCGGCUAAAGAGGACCGACCCGGGCCCGAGGAACCUGACCUUUUCUACGGGACACAAACACCAUAUUUGUGUCAGCUUUUUUUUUUUUUGAGUGGCAAUUUCAAAAACAGAGUUUUAUGAGCGCUUAAAUCCUCAAAGCCAGGUGAGAUCGGCGAGGAUGUCGCAGACUGAAAAAGACAAAAAUAUCCAGCACAGCGUCUGCGUGUUCACACGUACUCACGAUCCUGACAGUGAGUACUAAUUAUUAUUAGGCAGCAUGUGGGAUAUUGAUGACUUUUCAUUUCUCAGUGGUGAUUCAAAAUUAAAAAAGUAGACAAUCCUGUACAGCGGCUUCCUGAAAGUCGAUGGAGCACUAUAUUUGGUGUUUGUUUAGCAUUGCUUGUGCGUGAAAGCUGCAUGUUUCUGUGCAGAUAUUCCCUGGUUUAAUAAACCCCUCAGGGUCGCCGACUCCUCUCUGCUUCCCCCGGAUAGACAAGUGGUCUUCAGCACAGCCAUAACUCUUAUUUUGGGAAACUGUUGGAAAUCUAAUUUUCCUUCCUACCCAGACAAACCCAGCGAUGCGUCCGUGUCCCUGUGUGCAGUUUGUAGGUACCGCGUGUCGACCGGUAAGCUUAAUUCAGGGAAUGAACGAGAUCAUCUCAGUAGCAGAGAAAAACACGCCACCCGCCACCCUGAGCACCCUGAGGUGAACCAUCACAUAAAAACAGGCAACAUUUACAUUAACGACAUUUUAUGAUACGUUUCAACCACAUCAAAAUGCAAAAAUAUAAAUACCACCGUAUUAAAAAAACAGUUAAAUAUGCAGUUCUUCUCACGGCUGCCGGUUGUCUAAUGUUAACGCGCUUUCUGGCCUCCAGCUGAGCCCCACACACUGUAAACCAGAAAGAACAAAUACAGAAAUAUCUCAAAACUGUUCUAACUUUGGCAGAAAAGUGUUUAUUCGUGCAGCCCGUCACUUAUAAUAAAGAGGCUGAUUGAGAAAAUAAGGGCCUUUACAUAUUUAUCUGUGAAUCCACGCAGCAGCUCAGCCUAAAACUGUUUAGAGGCCUUUGUUAUGUCACUUAGUAACGAUGUAAAGGGUGCGCAGUAAUGUGCGUUGUACUGGGGGGGGGGGAAGAAAAACAAGUAAACUUAAACUUUCCUGUAGUACAUGUAGAUUUCCACAAACAACAACAACAACAGUAGAUGUAUUUUGGUUUGACCAUUUUUUUUUAUCUUUAAGUUUAAAAGUGAUUUCCCUACUUUUUAAAAAAGGACCUGCUUCUUGAUUCCGUAAAUAUGCUGGAAUAAAGAUAUGAAAGAGCUCCGAGUUAAAAACAAACAAACUUAAAGUGACAUAAAUAAAAGCAUCAAAUUCAAAUUCAGCAGAAUCCGAAACUAUCGCAGCAGCUCGGAGCGUUUGAGGCUUUCACAUCGUCGUUUUCCAAUAAUCCCACUUUACGUCUCUCACUAAAAGGUCCGUUUUGUUCGACUUCGUAGCUCUGCCCAGGCCAGAGUGACCGUUUGGAGGCGUUUGUAGCUACUGUGUGAUGAUACUGAUGUUAAAAAGGUUAUUUGGGCCACAAAGCCUGUAAAAGCCAUAGAGACUAUUCAGCUUUUCCUUCCCCGUCUGUUUCCUGCUCUCUUUGUCCCCGGCUCCGUAUUCUAUUGUAUACUCUCAUAUUUAUUGACUAAUAUGAAAUAUUCCCUCAGCGUUUAUAUCACUGGUCACUAACACUGAGCUGAACGACUCGGCUUUUGUAUACAAUGAUGUCUACUUGUACAUGACUACUUCCUUUCUGCUUCCUGUCUGUUUUGUUUCUUUAUUUGUAGUAUUUGUUGUAUAGAGUUUUUUAAAAACAUACACCAGAUUUAAAAAAAAAAAAAAAACAAAAACAAAAAACGUAUUUUUGCGCUAACAGUCUGUACUUGUUUUUGUUCACUAAUUCUCAUUUGAAAUGUGUUGUUUAAAUUAUUUUUUAACUUAUUAUUAAAAAGGAGUAUUACAUUUACAGUUUUAGAAAACAAAAUCUCUCUUUUUUCCAACAUGGCUGCAGGUAAAUACUGUAAAACUGUAUUUGAGGUUUUCUUUUUCUUUUUCUUUUUUAAGUUGUGUGAACAAAAUUAACUUUGUUUUUGUGUUGGAAAAAAAUAAUUAUUACUGUAAUGCUAAUAACCAGAUGUUUUUGUUAGAUAGAAGUGUAGUGUUUUCACUUGUGAGCUCAAACUGGACAUUUUACCACGCACACACUUUCUAACUGGGGACGUGUGUUUGUAAAUGUCUGCCCUGCUUCUCAACUUUCAGCAUCCGCAGAACUAGAAUAAAGUACAACUACCACUUCCUGUAGAAAGGUGAUAUAUACAGAAGGAGACCACAGGUUAUUUAUAUUUCCUGACAUCGAUUUAAAAAGGUGCAACAGUGACGCGCUGUGCUGCUGCAGCCGUGGUGGCCUGCAGUUUACAGAAACAAUCAAAUACGAUUUGAUUUUUAAUUUCAUUUGUAUGUAGAAAUAACUACAGCGAGGAGCUUUGGUAAAGUUACUUUUGAAAGCAAGACAUGUCAGUGCUAUUGAUCGGCUCUUUGCCGAUAUAUCAGGGACAUACUGUGAUAGGAGGCAGCCAAAAUCUGGCUUUUCCUGUAGAUUUAAGGGACAAAUCCAUCACUCACUCACAGUGUUAUGGAUGGAAUCAACAUUUUGUGGUGUAAAAGUACAGUAAGCCAUCAAAAUCACCUGCCUCUAGAUGUAAAAUUGAUAGAAAAGGUGCUUUCGGGUAGGGAGCCAUUAUUAAAUUGGUUACUAAUUGGUCAAAGCCAAAAUACCAGUGAGCUCCUGCAGCAGCCUGCGCUGCGAUCCAUUAAAGCAUCAUUCAUUCAAUUAGGCAUUUUCAGUCUGCCGAUGGCGGCACGGUCGCGAGCAUUGCUCGACUACAGCCAUUGUCAGAAAAUGAUCACAAGUUAUGAAUGUGUUGAUAUUAUUAGUAACAUAAAGCACCAACAAAACCUCUAGACAUCGGUUUUUAUUGUUUAUGCCCGAGAUGAAACAAAUGAUGAUAACAUUUUAAAUGAUACCAAGUACUUUUCGCUGAUAACACUUCUCUACUUUUACUGAAGCAGGAUUGUGAAUGCAGGUAUUUCACUUGUUUACUUUAAACUGUCAUACGGGUACUUUUACUUAAGAGUACUUCUUCCACCGCUGCUGCACAUCACCAUUUUCAGACUUUAGUCUACAGACGAUUUUAAGUAAAGUGUUGGAUAUUGAUCCCUGCUGUGUUACAGUGAUUGAUGGAGUACCAGAUUAGGAUUGGGGUUCUUCUACUUAUUGUAGUUCUGUGGCUGAGUCCCUCCUCUGUGUGUGAAAGCAGAGAGCAAAGUUUAUUUUAUUUCUAUUGUUCCAACUAAACUGAUGCUCAGCGCGGUUUACUGUCCUUGCCAGAGUGUCGGAGACUAAUGCUGCAUGUUUGCUCGGCCUCACUAACACACACACACACACACACACGUAAAUAUACACAAAGAUUAAAUUAGUGUAACGCACACAGAUUCAACCAACUGACUUGUAAACAGACAGAAACACACACACACACACACACACACAGGCCUCGGCCAUUGCACUGACUCCCUCUUCACUGACAGUGUGAACUAAAAGCAAUACUAAACAGAGCCGGAUGAGUAGCUACACGUUGGCAGGCAAAUAUACGUGCGUGUACUUUUCAACUGUAACAAAUACAUUAAUAUUUAACUUGAUGGGUUGUCGAUGCAUAGAGUUCUCUGUUCCUUUUCUUUGUUUUUAAAAAAAUAAUGAUGAUAAUAAUGUGGUAAAUUAAACAAGCUCACUUAUUUUUAUAAAGUCAGAUAACCUUGUUGAUGAACUGAAAUGAACUGUGGACGCCGUGUUUAAUCACGCCACUCAUCCGUCCUCUCCACGCUCAGUUUGUGUCUUUCAUUUCAUUCUUUCUGGUCAUCGUCCACGUGUCUUUUGUCUAUUUGCAUGAGUCUGACUUGAAUCGAUGUCUAUGCAAAAACAUCUCCGUGUGGUUCGGCUCAGUGAUCCGUGUGUGGGUGCACAUGGAGGCUGUGCUGGUGCUGGUGAAGUGCAGCUGAAAUGAAAGGGCUACAGUGGACUACGGGUCUGGCUCGCAAUGCAUCUGCCCUGAUGAUCGAUUCAUAAAUUAGUUUACAAAUGGAGAGUAAGUCCAGUCCGAUACUUCGGUUUACCUAAAUGACACAGCUGCAAGCUAGCGUAACCGGUCCACUUUAGGUCGUGCUGUAUAUAUGGGCCGCAUCACAGCUUUCUUUCAUUUUACUCUUACCAAAAUGAUAAAAUAGAACUCAAAUACAAAAUAGUUCCCACAAAGCUCCGACCAAACCCUCCGGCACAAAGAACCGGACUGGGUGAAUAACCCGUCAAUAUAUUCUGUUGGAUGUCUUAACCCUUUGAGACCCACAUUAAGACCUUUCCGUUUUUGCAUAUCUUUGUGUUUUGCCUUAUAAAGUUGUCAUUUUUUACAGUAUUAUCAAGUUUCAACGUUCCCAGAGUCAGCACAACCUCAGAUAAUUAUAUGUAUCACUCAAUAAAGACUUCUAUUCACUAUAAUAGGGGAUAUUAUCCCAUAAAACUAAAAUAAAUCCCAGAAAACUGAACUUUAAAUUUUAUUAACAGCACUGAAAACCAUGAUAACAAAAUAAAAACUGAACAUAGAAAGUUGCAGACAUUUGUUUGGGUUGUGCUAGAAGUGGUUUGAAGAGUCUAGUCUCUUGUGUUUAUGAGUUAUGCCCAUUUUUUGGAAAGUGUUGGCCAGGAAUUGUCACUGUUUUCCCUGCCAGUGCAUAUCCCUAAAUAUGAUAUGCAUCAUGGCAGUUCCUGUCCACAAUCACACCCAGGGGCAUCUGGCAUACCUUGCACCAGAAUGGGGUCUUCUUCCUGGUCCUGGAGGGGAUAUUUGUGGUUGGUCAGGGGGGAGGCGGCCUUCCUCUUCUCCUCCUCCUUCCACUCUGUUGGUGGCCCAACUUUUCAGCUUCCACACUAUAACAUAUGAAAAUAAAUAAAUAAAACUAAUAAAAUUAUAAUAAUAAUAACUUUAUAUAGGCUAUCUAUAUACUGUAAAAUAGUUUACAGUAGUAUUUGGUUGGUUUCUUUCACUUACUAUUUACUUCCACCCUAUACUAUUCUACAAUAAUAGUCUGUUUAUUUUACAUACUAUACAUUUACCAUGCUAUUAUUAUUAUUAUUAUUAUUAUUAUUAUUAUUAUUCCAUCCUAGUUCGCAAAAACAAUAUAUCUGCAAUCCAAAAUCACAUGCCCCUACUCAUUUCAAAAUACUUACUUUUCCUCGUAAGGAUCUAUAUCGUCAGCAAAAUGUCGCUCGUUCUCCGAAUAGCACGACUCUGGCGCAGAGUCGUCGUCGCCACUUUAUAUCUUCGCCUUGGAAAAUAAGCUCUAGUGCCUCGGCAGCGCUGAAUUUCUUUCUCGCCAUAUCUUCUGUAUUUCUUUUUUUCUGUCACUGAAGUUAUAACUGUGUACCAUCUUUUCUCCUCUGCUCUCCUCCGAAUAAUCAGUCGAGCCCUUUGAAUCAGACAUUUCGAUUGGCUGUGACGUCAUCCGCUGUAGCCAAUAGCAGUGUCCGAUUCAGACACGUGACUCUUAAAUCACCAACAAAGAUGGUGAAUGAGAACUGAUCUAUAUACAUACAGAAAGAAUGAGCAACGCGCUGGGCAGAGGGUGAUUUUAUCCACUUUCUUUUUACAACUUUUCAUAUUAGACGUACUGACGGAAGUAAAUGACUCGCAUGCACAAACAGGGGCUUUCCCGUUAGCUCCGUUCCUCUAGUUUAACAGGGAAAAAACAGCAUGUCUCUAGCUUAAACCAUUGAGGAGUAAUGAUGCUCAAAAGACAACAUGAUAUUUGGGAGCGUAUACGCCCCCCGUGGGAGGAUCUAUCGGCAGAAAUGGAAUAUAAUAUUCAUAAGUAUGUUUUCAUUAGUGUAUAAAUCACCUGAAAAUAAGACUUGUUGUGUUUUCGUUACCUUAGAAUACACCGUUCGGUAAAAGUAAAAGUCCGUUUCGCUUUUUCCCCCCACUAUCCCAAACAGUUCAGUCCAAUCCAGCUCACAAACACAAAAAGAUAAAACUCCUCUCCGGGUUUUACCCCUGGGUAAAGCAAACCAAAUCAGGAAAAUCAAGAUUUAAAGAAAAGCGUCUGUAUUCGCAGUUCAAUAACAGUGAGCAGUACAAGCUAUUAUGUACACCAGGUACUCACGGUACCGAAGGUCAGUCAGUCCAGUCAGGUGUGCGGCAUCGGCCUCAACUCCGCCAAGACCGGCAACCCCAGGAGAAGCUCAGACGGGGAAAUAUACAAAUUCCACCGGAUUACAAAUUCACACUACGCAGGUUUUUUUGUGGGGUUGUUGUGAUUGGAUAAUUGAAAAAUUGUGGGUGUUAACUGUGGGAAACAUGAAUGAACUCUUGACAGGUGGGCAGUACACUCCACGGACGUCGCCAUGUUGCUACAGUAGCCCAGAACGGACAAACCAAACACCGGCUCUAGAGAGGGCCGUUGGCGUUUUUCGCGCGUUUCACGGCCGCCGUAGUUUCUCCUGCACGCUUGGAAGGGGAGGGCGAGGCGAGCGGUGUUCAAAUGGUUGCAAACUGCAAGAUGUCACUAAAUCCUCCACACCUGACCUUUAACGAUAUGAGUGAAAGUUCAACUGAUGGUUUGAUGAUCUUUGGUCGAGUUCAGACACACAAACCGACAGCAGCAAAAGGUUUAUUUUGGUCCGCCGCCAAGUUACUCGCGGCAUUAAUGUUAAUUAGCAACAGCUGAUACGACCUGCUGCUGGUGACGUUCGUCGUUAUAAAAAUCGGUGAAAGUGACGGUCGGCGGCGUCUAAACGUGAGAAGCUGCUACCUGAAUGUUGUGUUCACUGAGCUUCGCUGAUAAGAAAGAGAGGAGAAAAGAUUCAGUAACAGGUUUGUUAGCUGUAACGCUAGCAUGCAGACGUGGACGAAACACACAGCAGAGUUCAGUAAUGAAAAGAGAUUUGAUCAGAUUUAUUUUAGCAGAUACUAAUCCAUUAAAAUACGUCGCUCGGGACAUCUCUAAUAAGCACCCUUGUUUUUAGACAAAUACACGGUACAUGCACGUUUACCAGCAGAUAGAAGUCAAAUUUUGUAAGAGCUGGAGUUUGCUCUGUUGUCAUGGAGACCGUUGAGCUGUUAUCACGUGACAAAGUAUGUAAUAUUGGUCACAUGACAACAGGUGGUUGGAGAAAGAUCAAAGAGGCCCUUCACAUCGAACACCAUAACCCCUGAUCUUUGUUCAACGAUGGUCUCUGAUCACGUGAUUACAACUAAAACAAUCACCAUGGCAACCGAGCAAACUCCGCCCACUGAUGAAGGCCAUACUUAACUUUUCCAUUAAGUGGAGAGAAUGUUUUUCUAAAAAUAAUCUUCCGAGUUUCAUUUCCUUCGCUCAUUUUAUUUGUUGUUAAAAUGUUUUAAUACUUUCUACUAUAAAAUUCAUUUUUAAAAUGUAAAAACUGAACGUUUUCUCAUCCACUGAAAAGAUGUAACAAAACAACCCCUAAAAGCAUUUUAUUUGCAUGGAUAGAAAUCAGGAGUUGCAGUGUCCCAUGGCUAGAAAAAUAAAAAAUAUUGAAUAUUAUCAGUAUUGGAUAUUCAUCAGAAUCAAAACAGCUGAAUGUGACUCAUUAUUCCUUAAAAUAAAUAGGUGGUAAAAACUAAAAAUAUGUCAUUUGUUUACAAAAUGAACACGACUCUGGGAUUUUGUGGCUUUUGUGUAAACUGAAUAAGGGAUUUGAGCAGAAACAAAGUCCAACCUUGGUAAAUUUGAACUAGUCAUGCGCUGCUAUUGAGGAAAAAUUAAUUCAACCUCUGGUCUGAUUUUUAAUGAACACAUUUCUUAACCUAACACCUACAAAUGCAGUGCAGAAUUCCCUCAUUAACAACAGAUUCCUCAUGAAAAUGGAAAACACAGACUGCACUCUCGCUGAAUUCGAAGUCCUUCGUGGUUUUUAAGUGUACAUAGGUAUCUCUGUUUGGCUCGUACAGCGCAGCCUCAGAGGUGAAAAGAAAAACAAGUCAAAAAUUGCUCUUCAGGGUAAAUGUGUUGCAAUAAUCAGACCCUCAGGACAGCAGGGUGGAGGUUUCAGCAACGCUACAAGACUUUAGCAAACACAAGAGAAGGAAUUUACUAUAUAACGAUGCUCUCAUUCCAGGUUGUACUACAAAUGCACACACAGCUUGUAAGACAAACAGGUAAACAUAUAGAUACACCCAAACACACAUUCACUCUGAACCAACUGCUGAACAAAACAAGUACAGUUAUGAAUAUUGUAUUGCACUUGAAGAUGAAAAAUCCAUUAUGACAAGAUAUUCUCUACUGAGUAUGAAGUACUACCAUCUUUGUGUUUUAAUUUCUACUUCCCCGCGAAGGUGGGGAGGUUUGCUCUUUGUAUAUCAGCCUGAUGUGUUUGUGAUUCUCUGUUUUCUUUCCAUUCAUGUCAUGUUCUAAUAAAUAAAACCCACACUGAAAAACA